GAAAGAGACACAGUUUCCGUAUUCUAGUAUUUGACUAUUUCUCAUCUUUCUUUCCUACUUCCGCUUUCCCUCUCUCACUCUUCUCUCCUCUGUUCCAUUCCAUCCCUUUUCCCUCCCUCCGUUCACUUUUCUUCAUUCUUCUCUCUACUACCUUCGUUCAUGACAUUCAACGCCUCCAUUAUCGAUCCGUUGCAGGGUGAUUUCCCCGAAGUGAUAGAGGAGUAUUUGGAAUAUGGGUGUAUGAAAUGUAUUGCUUUUAAUCGUCGUGGUACCCUUCUUGCCGCUGGGUGCAAUGAUGGAAGUUGCAUUAUCUGGGAUUUUGAAACCAGGGGCAUUGCUAAAGAGCUUCGAGAUGAUGAAUGUUCUUCCCCCAUAACAAGUAUUUGUUGGUCGAAGUGUGGUAAUCGAAUUCUGGUAUCUGCUGCUGACAAGUCGUUAUCACUGUGGGAUGUUAUGAGUGGUAAAAAAAUAACAAGAUUAGUUUUGCAACAAACCCCUCUACAAGCUCGUCUUCAUCCAGGUUCUUCAAAACCAUCCAUCUGCUUGACAUGUCCUCUCUCAUGUACUCCGAUGAUUGUUGACUUGAACACAGGAAAUACAACUUUUCUUAAAGUUUCCGUGUCAGAGCAAUCAAAUGGACCAAACCUUGCCAUGCGUAACAAGUGCUCUGAUGGAAGUACCUCCUUCACACCUACUGCUGCAUGUUUUAGUAAAUACGGAAACCUGGUUUACGCGGGAAACUCAAAAGGGGAAAUUGUUGUAAUCGACUGGCAAGAUGGUGAAGUGCGUGCCAUGGUUCCUAUCUCUGGUGGUUCUAUAGUGAAGAACAUUGUAUUCAGCAGAAAUGGACAGUAUCUUCUAACGAAUUCAAAUGAUCGAAUAAUCAGGAUAUAUGAAAAUCUUCUUCCCCUGAAAGACGAAGUUGGAGCACUUGAUGAUCUGCAUGAGAACCAAAAUGAACUAAAUGGUGUUGAGAAGUUGAAGGCUGUCGGAUCAAAAUGUUUAACUUUAUUCCGGGAGUUUCAAGAUUCAAUCACGAAGGUGCACUGGAAAGCACCUUGUUUCAGUGGUGACGGUGAGUGGGUUGUUGGUGGUUCUGCUAGCAAAGGAGAGCACAAGAUUUACAUAUGGGAUAGAGCUGGACGUCUUGUGAAAAUCCUUGAAGGGCCUACAGGAGCUCUUAUCGAUUUAGCAUGGCAUCCUGUACGUCCUAUUGUUGUAUCUGCUUCUUUGAAUGGUGUAGUUUAUAUCUGGGCUAAAGAUUACACUGAGAAUUGGAGUGCUUUUGCUCCUGAUUUCAAAGAGCUUGAGGAAAACGAGGAGUAUGUUGAGCGAGAAGAUGAAUUUGAUUUGGUUCCCCAGACUGAGAAGGUAAAAUGUUAUGAUGUUAAUGAAGAUGAAGAAAUUGACAUUGUGACGGUGGAGAAAGAUACUACUUUCAGUGACUCUGAUAUGUCUCACGAAGAGUUAUGUUUCCUGCCAGCAACUCCUAGUCCUGAUGUUCCUGAACAGCAAGACAAGUUCUUAGAAAGCUCUUCAAAUCUGGUGGACAGCAAUAACUCUGGAUCCCCAGUUUCAGAAAAGGCUGGAGCAAAUGGGCAUUCGAUGAAUCAUGCCUCAAGUACAGUUAAAGAUGAUGCUGGGGGAACACGGAUGAAAAGAAAGCGAAAACCUUCAGAGAAGGUGUUGGAAUUGCAGGCAGAGAAGGUCAAGAAACCUUCAAAAGCAAGCAAAUCAUCAAAACCAAAAAGUAAAUCUUUAGCUGACAAGAGUAAUGGUAAUGAAAAUGGACUUUAUAGUGAUGAACUUUCUGAUGAAUAAUGGCAGAUUGCAAUUCUUUUAUUUAAAUGCACAUUUUAUUAUUUCUCCUUUUGUUUUUGUAAGUUUUUAUAAUUCUUUACCUUGCUCCAUGCUACAAUCCUGCCAUUCCUCC